CCUAAGUGUCUACUGUGUACUUGGGAAUACAAAGUACUUGUCUGAGAGGCACUUCCACUUCCUGCUGGGCUGACACCGUCUGACUUAAGCUUGCAAAGCUGCUGCUGCUGCACACCCUCCCGUUCUGCACCGCACUCCUAUUUGGCUACUAUUUGCCUUUCGCAUAUCUGGGGAGCCCAACGAUCGACAACUUUCCCGCUGUUGUGUGUUCCGCGUCACCUGUUCCAAGAAUAAGCAACUACAUACAUUUGGUAACCCUCCGCUGCGCACUACAACAACAAUCAUCGCCACAACAAGCCCUCACCGCGAUACCAUGUCAGCUGCCACAGCAAAGAAACCGCCCGCUGCGGGCGUCGGUCGCGUUUCCUCGACAGAUUCUGCAUCAACCCCUUCUGCUUCUCCUGCGAGAACGCCAACGCGAUCCUCCACGCCCACGGCUGCUUCUGCUGCGCGCAGAGCACCAGCUCGCUCAGGAACUCCCGUUUCCGCUCGUGCAGCUGCAACAAGACGGGAUUCUGUCCUGAGCAACGGCAAUGGCAAUGGCAGUUCUGAGGCCGAGGAGGCUGCCAGAGCCGAGACCCUUGCGCUGUUGGACGACCUCAAGGAACGCCUUUCCAAGGCCGAGAUCUCUUCUGAUCAGUACAGGAAACAGGUCGAAGUGCUGCAGACGAGAUUGGACGACGCAAUCAAGGAGUCUUCCAAGCUGGAGGAGAAGGUGCAUGAGACGGAAGAGCAGAUUGAGACGCUGCGAAAUGAGAAGAGAGAUGCCGCCAAGAAGAUGCGUGAGAUGGAAGCAAUCUACGAGGCCGAGCGAAGCUCCAUGACCAAGGAAAAGGAAGAAAUGUCCAACAGAGAGGAGGAGAUGCAGACCAUCAUCCAAAGACUGAAGGACAACUUGUCGCAGCGGAAUGACGAGGAGGGCCGUCCUUCGAGGCAAUCUGCAGCAACAUCUCCCAACGUUGACAACGGCAGUUUCGCCCCUCCUUCGUCCCUCAACCGCAGCGACUCACGGAACAACUCGAAGCUUUUGCUCCAGAAGGAUAAGCUGAUCGAAUCUCUGCGGCUCGAACUUGCCGAGGCCCAAAUCAAGCUGGUCGAGUCUGAGAACCAGGGUGGCGGCAGACUGCAGGAAGUCGAACGCCUGCUGAUGGAAGCCCGCAUGGCCAACGCCCGCCUCAUGGAAGAUAAUGAAAGCUACCAACUGCUUCUUCAGGAAAAGACGCUCAAUGGCGAUUUCUCUAAGAAUGAUUUCAGCUACAUGGGUGUUUCCGCCAACCAGGAUGCGCUCAACGCGCUGGAGGGCCGGUCCGGAGGCGCAAGCUUGGCAGAUGAGCUGUCCGAGGAUGCAUCAGAUGCCGGUGGUAACGACAACGAGCAUGCCCGCCGCCUCGAAUCGGAGCUCAAGUCCAUGAAGGACCAGAAUAAGGCGUUGACCCUCUACAUCAACAAGAUCAUUGAGAGGCUCCUGCAGCAUCAGGAUUUCGAGCACAUCUUGGAUACAUCCACCGAGAUCAAGCCGGCUGCAAACACCAACAAAGAUCUCCCCGCUCCGCCGAAGGAGGGCGCUUCCGGAGCGUCGCUACUGCAACGAGCCAAGACCAUGGCCGUCGGCCCGAACAAGCCCAAACAAAGGCCCAUGUCUUACAUGCCAUCGGCCCAGCCAGCUAACUCGGCACAUACGGACCCAGAGACGGCGCCUCGCAUUCCUAUCGGGAAUAUGACCCGUUCCUCCAGCACCCGCCGAGCGCGCCCGAUGAGCGAGCAGUUCACUGGUGUCAACCUCGUCAACCAGAUGUAUCGGGGACCGGAUGGACCUAUUUCCCCGCCCCUCGGCUCCCCUCGUACUCCGCGAACGUCGCAGACCUUCUUCGGUGGCAACCCCAACGCGGCUGCACGGGCACCCAGCGGCCAGCAAGCACCCACAGCAGGUAACUUCCCUGGCAUGCGCAGCGAGACCUCGAGCACCAGCGGCGACUCGAACGAUCUGACGGGUACGCCUCCCUCGCAAUCCCCUCCGCGGUCUCACCACGAGAAGCAGACCACCUUCGCUGGCAACAAGCCUCGUCCUCUACGCCUGGUGCAGGAGAACAACGAGGCCAAGCAAGAGAACAACAAGCGAUCCAGCUGGAUGGGCUGGGCCUCCGGCUGGGGCAAGAAGGAAGAGGGCGCCGCUGCCCCCGGGUCCAACGAAGCCAUCCCCGAGUAAUCGGCACAUACUGACGCCGUUAUGUUUAUGACCUCCUUCUUUGCUUUGCAUCGCAUAGAUUUCUUCCCUCUUAUCCAACUUAUCUUAGUACUGGACUUUGGCAUUGUUGGAUGAGAAAAGCAAAAAAAAGAUACAAGACGGGAUACCCCCUGAUCUGCGCUGCUUGGUUUUCUCUAUCCACACGGGGUCU